AUGGGCAAGUUUAUGAAACCUGGGAAGGUGGUCCUUGCGCUUGCUGGACAUUACUCAGGAUGCAAUGCCAUUAUCAUUAAGAAUAUUGAUGAUGGGACGUCCGACCGUCCAUACAGCCAUGUGCUGGUGGCUGACAUUGAUUGCUACCCCACAGCCAGCAUGGGCCAGAAGAAGAUUGCCAAACAGUCGAAGAUCAAGUCCUCUGUGAAAAUCUACAAUUACAACCACUUGACGCCAACCAGAUACUCCGUUGACAUCCCCCUAGACAAGACCAUUGUCAACAAGCAUGAAUUUCGGGACCUUGCUAUGAAACGUAAAGCACGGCGAGAGACAAAAGUGAAAUUUGAGGAAAGAUACAAGACAGGCAAGAACAAGUGGUUUUUCCAGAAGCUCAGGAUAUGA